AUGGCUCCCAUUCUCAAUUUUCACGCUGGCUCGCUUCCCAGCUUCGCCCUCCGUCUCAAGUCGGACGACUCGCUUGACAGCCUCAAGUCUCGUGCUGCCAAGAAGAUCCGCCUUCAACUCGACGAUGGUAUCCCACUCGUAAUCAAGUACGGCUGGUCCGGCCAAGCCUACACUCUCGAGGACUCUGAUGACUGGGAGAUCUUCCUUGAACGCUUCGGCAACGAGAAGGAGGCUGAUCUGUACCUCGAAUCGCCCGAGAUCCCUACCAACAACCGCGCCGAAGAGCACUCGGCCGAUGGCGCACAUGACAGUCCCAACGUCCCCCUCGUUGACGAGUCUACCUUGGUUCACCGCACUCCUGGUCGUGGCAAGAGCGGCGGUGUUAGCAUCCACCGUGUAGCUGCCCCUCACAUCCCUUCCGCCGAUGACUACAGCGAAGCCGGAGGAGUCACUGCUGGCGGCCGAGACUCGAUCAUGUACCCUCCCCCUCGCGAGCCUGCUGCUCAACCCGGCUACAGCAAGCCUUCCCUUCCCGAGCCUCCCGCACCAAAGGCUACCCACGACGACGCCAUCUCGACACACACCAGCAAGACCCGCAAGACCAACCAGACUGCCGUCUCUUCCGUUCCUUCCCACAAGAUCGCCUUCCAGGAGUUCCACUCGCAACUCGGUGUUCGUCUCCUCAAAGGUAGCAUUGGUCCCAUCCAGGAUGUCCCCAUGAUGCUCAAGUCUGGCUACCGACACGUCUACGUCAGCCGAAGCUUUGCUCUCAACCACGGUUUCAUCCCCAAGGACACCACUCCAGGCACCUACGGUUUCAACGGCAUCACCAACCUUGGCAAGUGGCCCGUUCAGGUCGGCUCCAAGGCCGUUCCUUGCACUGUUAUGCUUGCCGAGGACAGCUACUUCCCCGUCAUCCUUGGCAGGAGCUUCAUGGAGAAGCGUGGUGUUCGCACCGACCCUAUUGACAUGACCUCGGUCACUUUUAUGGACAACGGCGAGCGUGCCGAUGUCGAAGUUGUUGUCGUCAGGGACGAGCACGGCGAGCCCGUUCCCAUCCCUUGA